AACAGUUGGUGGUGGAUUGGGGGCUGCUGAAUGCGCGAAGCAAAAAAGAAGCGUUCGCUGGUGUGCUUUUGGUGACAAGAAGGUUGAAGUCAUGCCUGGAAAACCUAAACUUUACUACUUUGAUGGAAGAGGCAAAAUGGAGUCAGUUCGCUGGUUGUUAACUGCAGCUGGGGUUGAGUUUGAAGAAGAGUUUUUGAAAACACGAGAACAGUAUGAGAAGCUCCUUAAAGAUGGAGUCCUGCUGUUUCAGCAAGUGCCCAUGGUGGAGAUUGAUGGGAUGAAGAUGGUGCAGACUAGAGCCAUCCUCAGCUACAUAGCAGCAAAGUACAACCUCUACGGGAAGGACCUGAAGGAGAGAGCCCUAAUUGAUAUGUAUGUAGGAGGAACAGAUGAUCUUAUGGCCUUUUUUAUGAGAUUUCCCUUCCUAUCAGCUGAGGAGAAAGAGAAGGAACAUGCCAAUAUAAUUCAAAAGGCCACAAGCAGAUAUUUCCCAGCCUACGAAAAGAUUUUGAAACAUCAUGGACAGGACUUUCUUGUUGGCAACCGGCUUAGCUGGGCAGAUGUUCAUCUUCUUGAAGCCAUUUUAAUGGUAGAGGAGAAGAAGUCCGAUGCUCUCUCAGAGUUUCCUCGGUUACAGGCAUUUAAGGCAAAUAUAAGCAGCAUCCCUGCAAUCAAGAAGUUUCUGGAACCAGGAAGCCAGAGAAAACCUGUUUCUGGUGAUAAAUAUGUGGAGACCGUCAGAAGAGUUCUCCGGAUGUACUGAUGUGAAAGCAAAUUACCAUGGCUAUCUAAAACAACAACUCUGCUUGGCUUGAGAAAACCAUCAGAUUGUGUAUGUGCUGUUAAACUCUACAGGAAUGGUGUAGGGACAUCUAAAAGGAGGUUAAAUUUAAAGUAUCUACUGUUCUCUCACACAAAAUACAAUAUGCAAGUAUUUUUCAUAACACCUUACUAUCAGCCUGUUUUUUCCUUCAUUCUUCUUGAGUGUUUUCUAGUAAUUUUUAAGAGACUGAAAUGGUAGCAAGCAAACUGUCUUCCUAGAAACUUUCUGGAAGUGGAGGAAAAGCAAAAGAGAAAGCGUGACUGGCUCUCUGACAGCUUCAGCACGUUCUACAGUAUGAUGAUGGGUUCUGUUUCAGGCCUUUACUGAAUUUUUGGAUGUAACUGUCAGGAAAACCAAGCAAAUAGCUUUUAAAGAAAAUAGAAUGAAGAUGCUUUUCUUUCCAGGUGUGCUGGACAUUAAUGGCUUGCCUGAAAUGUCUGCAUUGUGCCUUCAUAAUUAAGUUGUUUCUUAAUUCAGCAGAAAAAGUACAAAAUCUGACUGACAAAUAUCAUUGCUGUAUAAUGUAUUUGGAGGACCUUUUCUAAUCAAUAAACUGUGUGUUGUCUUCAGCUUGUGAAUGAAA